UGUUUUACCCCCAUUUCUAAGCAAACUCACUAGCUAUCUGCCUCCGUUUCAGCACCAUCAACACCUCCCUCUCUCACUACCUUAAAACAAGAUAGCUAGGAUAUAUGAAUGUUCUCUUCCCACCUUAAAAAUACACCCUCUUACCUAACUUCAAAUUCACUUCCCAUCUCACCUCCCACUCCAUAAAACCCCCAAUUCCAUCCCAAGUUUCACCACAGCUCUCUUCUUCACUUUCCCACUUCAAACCAGUACUAGUAAGUCAUUACAUUACCAACAAAAACUCCAUAAAAAUGUUGAACCAGCUUCUACUCAUCAUCACCUUCCUCUGCUUCUCCACAGCUUUUGCUCAAUCUCCAGCACUACCUCCGCAACCUCCAGCUACUCAGUCUCCAGCACAACCUCCCCAAGUCCCUGCCACCCAGUCUCCGCCACCAGCACUAGCUCCACAAGUCCCACUAGUCCAGUCUCCACCCGCACAACUUGCACCAGGUCCAGCCCCACCAGGCCCACCCAACAUCACCGCCAUUCUCGAAAAGGCUGGUCACUUCUCUACAUACAUUCGGCUACUAAAGGCCACCCAGAUUGAUAACCAAAUCUACAAACUCCUCAACGACUCCAGUCAGAGCCUAACUGUGUUCGCCCCAUCUGACAAUGCCUUCGGCAACCUCACAACCGGUACUCUCAACUCGUUCUCUGACGAGCAAAAGGUCCAGCUUGUGAAAUUCCACGUCAUCCCUUCUUUCCUUUCGAUUCCUGCAUUCCAAACAGUGAGCAAUCCGUUGAGCACACAGGCUGGAAGUACUGUUCAGUACCCAAUGAAUGUGACCACGGCAGGGAAUCUGGUGAACAUCAGAACUGGGAUUGUUAACACCACAGUGACCAGCACGGUGUACUCCGAUAACCAGCUGGCGGUGUAUCAGGUGGACAGAGUGCUGCUUCCGUUGUCUUUUUUUGUCUCUAUUUCGCCUGCUCCGGCACCAUCAAAGCCUGUGAAGAAGGCUCCGUCUCCAGUAAGCGACCAGUCGGCUAGUAGUACCGAUGCAUCGGUUCAAGCUUCCGGUGUUGUGCCUCACCGUGCAUUCAAUGUUGCUGUGUGGUUUGCUGGUUUGGUUAUUGCAGUGGUGUGUUUCUGUCUUUGAGUUUAGAACUUGAGAGCUUGUCUUUUAGUUGAAAGUGUCUGUGUUUUUGAGUUGGAAAAAAAAAAAUUGUACCAAGUGUUUUUGGAUUCGGCUUGUAAACUAUCAUCUUUCAAUAAAUUGAGUG